CGUCUAGAAAGAACUUGUACCAAGCCGUCGCCCUCGAAACGACCCUGUUCAGACCACCCCGAAGUACCGGCUUCGAACCUGGAGAACAAGCAGCCGGAGGGUCCCCCUUCUGCAGCCUCCCUUUCUCUGACUCGCCCCCAGGCGGCAGCCCAGCCUCCCUCAGCGGCCCAGCCUCCCUCAGCGGCCCAGCCUCCCUCAGGGGCUGCCCCCCAGGCCGAGCCUGGGCCCCCGGGGCGGGAGGAGGGAAUGGCCGCCGCCCCGACGGACGUGCCCGCGGCCUCCUCUGUGAAAGCGCGCAUGCAGAGACUGGCGCAGCAGCGUCGCGGCUGGGAGGGAGACGACGCCACCCUCGAGCCCCCUGGCCCGGCCCCCGCCCCCCCGGCUCCUCAGGCGCCCCCCACCACCGCCCCUGCCGCUACCCCCAUCGGGAGGAGGGGCCGCUUGGCUGACCUGGCUGCCACCAUUUGUUCCUGGGAAGAUGACCUCAGCCGCCCAUCUGCCAAGGCCGGCCGUGGCCAAGAGCAGCCUGGUACAACUUGUUUGUCCCCAGUUUCCUCCUCCACGGGAGCAUCUGCUCACAUCAAUAGCGGCUCUGUCGGCCAGAGAGCCCCCGGCUGCUCCCGCCUGGGCUCCGCGGCGACGACGGCCGGCUCCGGGGCCGGCUCGCGGGAGGCCUCUCAGGGCCGGGCGCCGGCGGCUCGUGGCAGCCCUCAGAAAGCUGCUCCUCCCCCGGCGAAAUCCCACACGAGUCCCCCGAGGAGCCCUUCAGGAGGGAAGGGGCAGAAGUCAGAGCCGCUCCCUCAAAAGCCGGACAGCCUCGCGCCACAGAGAGAGCCCGGGAAGUCCGGCCUCAGCUCCACCCUCGCCCAGCCCAGGCAGGGCCCAGGGGCCCGGGGGCCUCCCCCGAAGGAUCAGCCGGUGACUCCAGGGGGAUCCGGCAUCAAGCCUUUCCUGGAGCGCUUUGGCGAGCGUUGCCAGGAGCGUGGCAGAGCGAGCCCCGCGGCGCCGACCCCGCCUCGCGCUCCCCUCGUCACCCCCAACACCAAGGCCCUCCAGGAGCGGCUCCUGAGGCAGAACGCGGCCUCGUCCUCCAGCACCCUCAGCCAGCAGCUCAAGCAGGAGCGCCAGAGGGAGCUCGCCUGUCUUCGGGGCCGUCUGGACAAGGGCAACCUGUGGACGUCGGAGCGAGGGGAAGUCUCCAGGAAUAAGCAGCCAGAAGCCAGAGAGGACGGCCCCUGUCAGGAUGAUUUGCCGGGAAAGCCUCAGGCGGAUUGUGAUAAGGACCAGGCCCCAGGCUCUCCGACGCCCGUGAAGCCUCCCAGCGCCCAGCCCGCGGGCCAUACUGAGAGCAACAUGACCACAUCGAGCCCCUUGAGAAUUACUCUGUUCUUGGAGGAAAAAUCUCCAAAAGUUGCGCUGGACCCCAAGGUGGAGCAGCAGACAGCUGGAGGCCGAGGGGCCGAAGGGAGGGUGCCCGGGGGCCGCCCGGGGCCUUGGGAGCCGGGCUCUCAUUUCUGGCUUCCCACAGAAGCUACGAAUUACUACUUAAUUAUGCUGAAGGCUGGAGCCGAGAACAUGGUCGCGACGCCUCUGGCGAGCACUGCAGACUCCCUCACGGGGGACGCACUGACCUUCACCACCACAUUCACUCUGCAGGACGUGUCCAACGACUUUGAGAUCAACAUCGAAGUUUACAGUUUGGUGCAAAGGAAAGCUUUCCUGGGGUCUGAGAAGAAGAGAAAGGCAUCGAAGGCCAAGGCCAUCACUCCGAAGCGGCUCCUGACAUCCAUCACCACCAAAAGCAGUCUCCACUCUUCGGUGAUGGCGAGUCCGGGGGGCCUCCAUGCCGUGCGCACCAGCAACUUCGUCCUCGUGGGCUCUCACACCCUUUCCCUGGCCUCCGUAGGGAACACCAAAUUUGCCCUGGACAAGGUGCCCUUCUUGUGCCCUCUGGAGGGUCACAUUUACUUAAACAUCAAGUGCCAGGUGAACUCUUUCGUGGAGGAGAAGGGCUUUCUGACCAUCUUUGAGGACGUGAGCGGCUUCGGAGCCUGGCACCGACGCUGGUGCGUUCUUGCCGGAAACUGCAUCUCCUACUGGACCUACCCGGACGACGAGAAACGAAAGACCCCUCUAGGGAGGAUAAACUUGGCCAAUUGUACCAGCCGCCAGAUAGAGCCGGCCAACGGGAGUUCUGUGCCAGCGCCACAUUAGAUUAAUCACCCGUGCGACCCGCCAGAAGAUGACAAGGAGACUCUGGUCAGCCAGUGCAGAGACACGCUCUGUGUCACCAAGAACUGGCUGUCAGCUGACAAAGAGGAACGAGACCUGUGGAUGCGGAAGCUGAACCAGGUCCUUGUGGACAUCCGCCUCUGGCAGCCCGACGCCUGCUACAAGCCCGUGGGCAAGGCCUGAGCCCUGCAGGGGGUGGGCCCGGCAUGGGCUGGAGCUCUGUGCAUGCAGCCCCUUCACUACUAACCCUCUUCUGGCCGCCCCAGCAGCGGGGCGGGCCUGGCACGGGGCACGCUGCCCCCUUCCCAGCCUCCCUCUUCUGGUCAGUC